AUGCGUCUCUUUGCGGUUGUAUCCUUGUUCACCGCGCUAGUGAGCGCGUACCCAGCUCGUGGGCCUUGCACAGGAGACUGUUGGACUCAUGAUCCUGCCAUGAUUCGCCGUGAAUCAGAUGGCAAAUACUUCCGCUUCUCCACGGGUACUGGUGUCAACACUAUGACCUCCAGCGCCCUGAAGGGCCCCUGGACGGAUGUUGGCGCGGCCUUGCCCGAUGGCUCUAUUAUCACUGUGGAGGGAGUGGAUAGCACUAACAUCUGGGCCCCCGAUGUCCACUACUCUGGUGGCACCUACUAUAUGUAUUAUGUUCUCUCAGAAUUGGGCACUCAGAACUCGCGAAUUGGCGUGGCCACCUCCACGACCAUGGAGCCUGGCUCUUGGACCGACCAUGGUGGCAUUGGCCUUCCCGCUAAUAGCAACUACAACAAAAUCGACCCCAAUUGGAUUGAAAUUGAUGGCAAGCAAUAUCUUCAGUUUGGUUCCUACUGGCAGGAUCUCUACCAAGUCCAAAUGGAGACUGCACUGAAGGUUGGCUCUCACACGCCUUACCAGCUGGCCUACAAUGCCAGCUUGAACCACCGCGAGGAGGCCUCGUUCCUUUACAAACACGGCGCCUACUACUAUCUCUUCUUCAGUGACGGUAUUGCCGGCAAAUACACUGCUACUUAUCCUGCUGCGGGUGAGGAAUAUCAUAUUUCGGUCUGUCGAUCGAGCACCGGAACUGGUAACUUCGUUGACAAGGCUGGCACUUCUUGCAAGGAAUCUGGCGGUACCAUCAUUCUAGCCAGCCACAACCAGGUCUACGGACCCGGUGGACAGGGUGUUCUUACCGAUCCAAACCUCGGCCCGGUUCUGUACUACCACUACUAUCCGCUGGCCACCAAGAACGCCGGUGGCGACGGGAACGCCGGGUACAGGUACGGCUGGAACCUCCUCGAAUUCACCAAUGGCUGGCCGGUCGUGACUGCUGUCUAA